ACAAAAAUAUACACCAAAUAAAAUAAUGAAAAUGUUCUAAGUAAGAUUAGUAGUAAUUCAGAAGCAACAGCUACAGUUGCCAUAAUGCUGCUUCAAAUCCUCCUGAUAGUCCAGCUUCUACUGGCUACUGCUUACGCAGACCAUCAAGCAUAUCCAGGAACUUCGUCACGUCCGGUUUUAUCAGACGCUGAAGCUGCCAGCUACACGAAGGAGAGUUACCUACAAGGAUGGACACCUUCCAAAAUUAACACCGGAGCUAAUCCAGAUUAUGUGGUUGGAAGUGGAGGCUAUUCGACCAUCCAGGCAGCCGUCAACGCAGCAAUAAAUGAUGGUGGUACCAAUAGAAAAUACAUCAAAAUCCUACCAGGGACUUACGCAGAAGGAGUUCUGAUUCCGAAAACUUCAGUGCCAAUUACAAUUUUAGGCAGUGCUGAUGAUCCAGAAGCGGUUCACAUUGUUCUUUCACAAGGAGCUAAGCUAACUGGUAGUCAAUACGCCAAUCAGAUGAACCCGAAUGGCGCCGUUUAUAAAGACGGAGACCCGGCUUGGUCUAUGUUCAAUUAUUGUGCACAAAAGUCAGAAAUUGGAACUUCUUGCACCUCAAUAUUCUGGGCUCAGAAUACGGACCUCGAAGUGGCUUACAUUACAAUUGAAAACACUUCAUCUGAUGGACAAGCUGUAGCAGCAAGAACCGAUGGAGACCAGCAAAACUUUGACCACGUUCAUUUCUACGGCUUUCAGGAUACUCUGCUAGCUGGCGGUACUCGAGUAUACUUCAGCAAACCGACCAUCAAAGGCGAUGUAGAUUUCAUCUUUGGAUCAGCGUCUGCAGUGUUUGAAAACGCCCAAAUCAUCGGAAGGGGCGAUAGGCGGGAUACAGUCACUGUUUUUGCGCCAAACACAGACAACAGUCAGAAAUAUGGUUAUUUGGUACUCAGCAGCAAAAUCACUGCUGAUAACAAUGUCAAGUCGAAACUGGGCCUGCACUUGGCUAGAUCUUGGGACUCAACUUCAACCGCUAAUGGUCAAGUGGUGAUUCGGGAAACCGAACUGGUUGAUGUUUUCAAUGUCGACGCUCCUUAUGAUACAGCGGCAGGUGGACGAGCUUAUGCAGGAAAUGCCAACACUAAUAGAAACUUGGACGACGCUAAUUACAACCGAUUCUGGGAAUACAAAAAUACCGGAGAUGGAGCUUAAACAGUAUCUGCCAAAAAUAUUUUCAUUAAUAAAAAUCUUGUGAAACCUA